UGUUUCUUUUCAUUCACAUUUUUGGUCUUGUCGGGGCCGGCGAUAAAAUUCAUUCACUUAUAAAUUUCCGAUACCGGAUAAAAAAUAAAAUUCUGAAAGUCUCUAUUCUGCUAAAAUCCUUCAUUUGUUCCAAAAGACGUAUAAAUAGAGUUUAUGCAAAAUAAUAUCAGAAUGGCGAGGAUGCCAGUGUAUUACGGAGUUUUUGCACUGAUUUGUGCAUUUCUUACCCCAGUGAUUUCCCAUCCGGUGAAAACAGGAGCAUUGCUGACCGACACAACUUUUAAAAUCGUUCAUAAUCCUCCUCAACAAGAACACGCAUCUCUUAACCCAGUAAUUCAGAGACAAAAUGAGGAUCAAAUCGUCGAAGAAGCAGUUCCUCGACCAGGAAGGCAAUCACAAUCUUCAAAAGUCAAGGGGGUCCCCCUACUCAACGGAAACAGUCUUGCUUUCCCCCAUAAAGGAAACAUUCUCAUUAAGACGCCACACGACGUCUCCAUCGACUUGUCUCGUACUGGUGAUUCUUACGUGUCCAUUCCGAAUGGCCCCUAAGGGGUCGCUUCUGAACUUAUGACGUCUUUUAGCAGCAUGAAAUACGUAAUAUUAUCUUGUAUGUGCAAAUAGUGUGAAAAUUCUGGUAUUAAAACAAUCCGAGUUAACUUAGGCGAGAUAAAGUUAAUGUAGAAUAAAAUUCGUUUUAAUUAAAAUUAUUUUAACUUGCCCGAAACAAAAAACCCUUCAAAAAAAUUAUGAAAUCUAACUUUCAAUUCAUAAUAUUCAUACAUCUUCAAAAGCCAGUAUGGAUCACUAAUGCUUUACAGUUUUUAUUUAUUUCCAAAAAAAAACUUCUUGUAUUCCUUCACAAUCAAGGUAUGAAUUUCUAGUGGUUCUGUUCUUACAUAAAACACUAAAUCACAACCAUUAAUUAUUUUUGAACACUCUCAAUAAAUUUAUUAAAAGUUUAUCUCGGGCGAAGGUACUAUGCGUUUCUACCGCUUAGGUAAUAACUUACCUCCUACGGGUAACAUAUGUACAGAGGCUAAAUACUGGCCAGGCCCCUUUGUCACCGCUGGGAAAUAAAAACAGGGGAUAAGUUGUUACUUCUCGUUGAUAAACUGUUACUAAAAUGUUACCACGCGGUAGUGACGCAUAUUACCUCCGCCGGAGAUAAACUUUUAAUAAAUUUAUUGAGAGUGAAGAAUAUAAAAUUAAUUUGCAGCAGAAAAUAACUUUUGCACGUGAAAAAAGUUGGUUGAUUUUUUAAUUUUUUAAUUGUGGGGGUGGAUUUUAUUAACUCUGGUACAUAAGACCAGGUUCGGCCUAGUAAAUUAAAGCCAUCACUUACGUAGUCCAUAAGCUUCCCGUGUUGCUUUUCAUGCCAUGCGACAUGAAAAUAAGAAUGACAUUUUUAACUUAAUUUAUGUAUGGAUACAGAUAUUUAAUUAAAAUAAGGAAUUGUACACUUAUUUAAACGUAUUUAUGUAAAGUAUGUAUCAGUGCUGUAGUGGGUUGAAAAGCCCAGCAGUAUGCAUAUUGUCCCCUAAAAAAUAAAAAAAGUUCUAUCUCCUCGA